UAAAUAAUUUCUUUUUUUAUUCGAAAAAUUAAAUUAUACAAUGUUAAUUAAUAUUAUUAUAACUUAUAAUUAUAAUAUAAUUUGUAAUUCAAAUAAUGAAAUACACUUAUUAUUAUUUAAAAUGACAAUUUAAGUUCACCAACAAUAAAAUUCAACAUAAAAUUCCCUGAAAAUUUAUGUAACAGAUAUUAACUUCAAAUAUGGUUACAAUUUAAUUGAAAGAACAAAAAUAAAAGUGUUUUAUAUUAACUACGAUACAUUUCUAUUAAAUUUAAAUUUAAAAAAAUAUAUAUAUAUAAAAAAUGAUUAAAUAAAUUUUAAAUAAAAAUUAAUUUUUAUUAAUCAAAAUGUUUAUUUUUUAAUAUCAAUAUGUUCAAAUGUCAACGGAUUUUUCAAAAUUUUAUAUAUUUUGGAGGGACUGAAAUGCUGUAAAAUAUGGCUGAAUUACGCGUAGAAAUGAUCCGAUAGAGGGCAUUCGACGCGUGCAUACGCAAUCGCGUUCCUCCACCUAACGCGAAGGCGACAUCGAAUUGUCGUUUACGUUCUAAAAAGUGGCAACCAUUUCGAAGUGUAUUUUUCGUUAUACUUUCGUCGCAAUCAUCCACCCUACCUGUCAUGAGGACUUAAAUGGCAUCAAAACCCAUUUGCCGUUUUGGUCGCUGCCAAUCGUUCGAACGGAGACACGAAAAUUUCAAUUGCCAAAAAGAUGACAGCUGAUUCAGAAAAAGAUAGUACUCAUUGUUUAGUAUGUAAUAGUAAAGUUGGUGUAUCUACUAGAAAUAGUAUACGAAUCUUUAAUGAAAAUUCUUUAACAUCAUCUGAAAAACCACUUGUAGAUACUAUUUGUACUGUCUUAGAAACAGAUUUAAAUGAAGAGAAUGUACAUUCUCUUGUUAUAUGUAAAAAGUGUUAUAAAUUAUUUAAUGAGAUUGAUGAACUUGAAAAUCGACUAUCAGAAAUAAAAUUAGAAUUAUUCAAUAAUUAUAAAAAAACUAUAAAAAAAUUAUCUGAUAUUCAAAAUGAAGAAGAAUAUAAUGAUCACGAUUACAUAGAAAACAUAGAAAGUCAAGAUACAGAUGGAGAAAUUAAAUAUAUAACAAAAGAUGAACAAGAAAUGCAAGACAUGGAAGGAGAAGAAGAAAGAUUAGAGGAAGAAGAAGAAGAACCUUCUUGUGAGCCAGAGGAAAUCAUUCUUAAAGUUGAACCUAUACCAGAAACAAGUAAUGCUGAGGAAAGAAAAAGGAUAAAACGAACAAAAAUUACACCAAAAGUUGAACCUUCUCAAGAACGAAUUGUAUCUAGGGAUGGUUCUACAUAUACCUGUUUGUUAUGUACAAAUGAAGAAGAUAAAGCUGUAGGAGAUGCAAAAUCUAUUAUUGCGCAUGUAAGAAGUAUGCAUGAAACUCGUUUAUACAUUUGCGAUAUAUGUGGUGAUGAUUUUAAAAAGAGAAAUGAACUAUCUGUUCAUCUUGAUGAUCAUGUUGCUAAAGAAGAAGGAGAUUUUCAAUGUGAAAUAUGUAAUAGAAUAUUUAGUAAUUUGCGAUUAUUUAGAAUUCAUAAAAGAAUACAUUAUCCACAAGUAAAAUCUUGGCCAUGUGAAACUUGUGGUAAACGAUAUAGUUCUAGAAAUUUAUUAGAGGAACAUAUCAAUACACAUACAGGUGUUCGUCCAUAUGUAUGUGAAAAUUGUGGUAAAGAUUUUGCUUCAAAAUAUACUUAUAAAGCUCAUGUAAAAACACAUGAGAUACGACCUCGUCCUUAUGAAUGUUCACAAUGUAAUAAAACAUUUUUAAGUCAACAAAAUCUUAAUCAACAUGAAAGAACUCAUAAUGGUGUAAAAGAAUAUGUUUGUCACCAAUGCGGAAAAGCAUUUGGAUCACCACAUAAUUUGGAAGUGCAUAAUAUAGUGCAUACUGGUUACAAACCUUACAUAUGUAGAGUGUGUGGUAAAGCAUUUGCCCGUAAAGCUGAAAUUAGAGAUCAUGAAAGAACACAUACUGGAGAGAAACCAUAUCAGUGUGAAUUUUGUGGAGCUACAUUUAGUCAACGAUCAAAUUUGCAAUCGCACAAACGUGCAACACAUUAUAAUGAUAAAAGGUAUAAAUGUGAUGAUUGCGGAAAAGGAUUUAAACGGCGAAGAUUAUUAGACUAUCAUAUAAAAGCAGCCCAUACUGGUGAAAGACCAUACAAAUGCGAUAUAUGUACAGCAACAUUUGUGUAUCCUGAACAUUUCAAAAAACAUAUGCGCAUACAUACUGGAGAAAAACCUUAUCUUUGUGAGGUUUGUGGAAAAGCAUUUAAUAGUCGAGAUAAUAGAAAUGCACAUCGAUUUAUACAUAGUGAUAAAAAGCCAUAUGAAUGUCUUGUAUGCGGAAUGGGUUUUAUGAGAAAACCUUUAUUGUAUGCUCAUAUGCAAACUCAGGGUCAUUUAAAUGAUACUAUUGUGGUUAAUCAACCGCGACUCACUACAGAAGAUGAUCAAGUUAUAACAAUUUCUGAUGGUAAUGUGGAAUUUUUAGUGGAUGAGGCAGAAAAUGAUCAAUUAGAUGAAAAUGACUUAUAUGUGACAGAAUUAAAAGAUCAUGUUAUUAUACAACAGCAAAAUGAGGAUCAAAUGUAUAAUGAAGAAGAUGUAUUAAAUAUUUCAAAAGAAGAAAAUGUUGCAGAUGAAGAAGUAAAUCAUCUCGCUGAUGGAGAGAUGAAUUUUGUGGAAAAUGAAGUAAUGGAAUGCAAAGUUGAAGAUUCAGAACAAGUAGAAGAAGUAUACAAUUAUAAUGAAACUGAAGACGGAGAAACAAUAGUUGUACCAACUAUUUCAGAAUAUAAAGAAGAAGAAGAUGAAAAAAAUGCCGUUCGAUUAGUGCAAAUUCGAUUUCCAACAUCAGUUGGUGGAGAAGGCCGAAGUUGGUUAAGCUUAGUACAAAAUACGUGAAUUUUUGUCAUUAUGUAUCAUAGCUCUCUGAUUAGGAAAUCGCUUUUUUAAUAAAUCUUUAAAUCAAUAUUAAUAAAAACAUAUUAAUAUACAUAAACGAGUGGAUAAAGAAAUAUGCCUUACACAAGAUGGAAGUAUGACAUUACAUGAUACAAAUGCAAUUUAAUUGCAAUAUCAUGUGAUAGAUUCAUAUUUAUUUAUGUGUAUGAAGUUAUAUUAUUCUUCUCAUAAACAAAUAAAUAAAAAAUGAUUCUAAUUCUAUAAUUAACAUAACAUAACAUAAAUGGCAAAAAAACUUAAAGCGGAGAAUAUUGCAUCACGUUUAAUAUAUUAAGCAUAUAUUUAAGUUUCAUUUGGGAAAGAUUUUUCUCAAUCAAAGAUGACGCAAUAGAAAGAAAUUUUAUUAUAGGGCAAACAUGAUAUUAAAAAAUAAUAUACAAUUGGACAUCCGAUAUAACUAUUUAUAAAACCAGUCAGUAGUAUAAUUUUAAUUGUAAUUUAAUUCUUUUAAGUCGCGUUUAUGUUUAUGUUUCUUAUUUCUUUCAUAUUUUAUAAUGAUUACUGCAUGUAUUAAUAAUACAUACAAAAUAAAUUGAUGAAAAGUGUAGUAGUUGGUUUCAAAAUGAAUUAAGUAUAUUAAUUUGAGACAGUACAUUUUUGUACAUCUUAUAAUAAUUCUCAUAUUGGCGUAAUUUUCUAAAUGUAUUAUAUCCAUUUUCCUGAUAUUGAUAUUUUUUUAUGCAUUUAACAUAAAUUAUAGUUCUUAAUAUUUAAUAAGAAAAUUUUUUUAAGAUUAAAGUAAUUAAAAUUUUAUAAAUAUUAUCUUUAACUUAUGUUUAACAUUGCUUCCAUAAUUCUUUGAAUUAAUUUAAUUAUUUUAUUAAAUAAAAUUCCAAUGAAGAAUGUUUAUUACUAUUUUUAAAAUUUUGAAAUAAUAUGUUGCAUCAUUUAUAUGUAAUAUGUUAUUGUAUACAUCACAUAAAAAGUUAUAAAAUUAAUACUAUAAAAUGAUGUAUCGAAUAUUUAAUUUCUACGUUAAAUUUCUAUUAUUAGUUAACUAUUAUUCUUUAUAAAUAUUAAUAUAAACAUGUACAAAUAAAUAAAAUUAUAAUGUUCUUA